UGCUAAGCUCUCCCCGCGAACGGACGUGCGAUCUCGAUCUUCGAUCUCCGAUCCCCGGUGUCCGAUCUUCGGUUUUCGGUCUACGGUCUACGGUCUACGCUCCCCGAAUUUCGCAGGUAUCGAGCUUUGUUUAGUUCGGCCAACUCCAAAGUCGAGACGUGUCGUCGGGUGCGUGCGCGAAUCUAAAAGCGAUCCGAAAAAGCAGCUCUCUGAACCCUCAACCCCCCACCGCCUAGCUCUGGCCAGAGGAUCCCAGGAUCGACGAAUGCAUGUCUUAUAGAAGAUAAGACGCCAAGAGAGGAAGUAAGAAGGACUCACUGCCAGUACACCACCUACAAAUCAUUUACACAGCCAUGGAGCGCUCCCACUUGACCGCCUGGUUGGCCCUGCUCCUCUGCGUGAUUGCCACCGCGGCCACGCCCUCUCCCGCUCACCCGCCCACCGACUGUCCGGCGGACUGCGUCUGCAGUCUAUCCCAGCACACGCACAAGCCACUGUACCACCUCAAAUGCAACAGCACCCAGGGCCUGAGGCACGCCGAUAAGUCCUUCCAGUCGGCGAUCCCGGUGCACUCCAUCGACCUGUCCCACCUGAACCUCACCCGCCUGAGCCACGUGCUGGACAAGCUGCCGGAGCUCACCUCCGCGGACCUGUCGCACAACGAGCUGCAGGACCUGGGCCACCUGGGCCAGCGCCUCAAGCGGCUGAACCUCAAGCACAAUCGCCUCACCUCGGACAAGCUGGCCAAGCUGCCGCAGCACCUGCAGGUGCUCAAUCUGCAGCACAACAACAUCACCCACCUGCCCCUGGAGCUGACCCACAUGCAGCAGCUGCGCCAGCUGGAGCUGAGCCACAACGCCAUCAACUGCUCCUGCCAAACGCUCGAGGUUCGCAACUGGCUGGUGGAGCGCAUCGUCUACAUGGAGCACCCCGUGGUCUGCGCUCAUCCGUCGGAGUUCAAGGGUCGUUCCUGGCUGCAGCUGAAGCAGGAGGAGAUCUGCCGCAAGGAGCAGCACAAGUGGUUCGACUCCGAGGUCGAAGAGAAUGAGCUGAUGAUGGGCGACCAGCCCGCCGCCGUUUCGGCAGAGCGCGAGGAUGAGGAAGAGCUGGGCAAGGACUUCCUGCCCAUCGACGGCAAGGUCGUGGCCACUUCGAAGAAGGCCCGUUCGCCCCAGGAGCCGCUGCCUGGUGACCAGGUGGAGGGAUCCGGCGACCUCAGCAAUGCCAACAUGGAGAUGGUUCUGCCGCUGGCAGGAGAGCACGAGCCGGAGGCGGCUGAGUCGCAAGUUGAGGAGGCGGUGGCCAUCACUUCUGCGCCCCAGAUCGAACAGAAGGUGGUGGAAGACGACGACGACGAUGCCGAGGCCUCUGGCAGCGGUGGUGGCCUGCUCAUCAUCCCCGAUGUCUCCAAAGUAAGGAUAGAACCGGAGGACGACAUGGAUGGCAAGCAGGAGGAGGAGGAGAACGACAGCAGGCCGGUGGAGAGCCCCGACAGCGACGUCUUCAGGAACGACAUGGGCAUCUUCGAGGGCAACAAGGGCAGCGAGGAGGAGAAGAAACCGGUGGAGGAGGAGGUGAUUGUGCCUGUGGUGCUGACCAAUUUGGACACUGGUCUGAAGUCCGAAGUGGUGACCGAUGGGCCAGUGGAGGACAGCGCGGAGUCCGAGGACCUUCUCGCCGCCAAGGUGGGCCACGCCGCGGACGACAGCAGUGCCAUCUACUAUCUGCUGGCCGUGAUCGGCCUGAUCGUGGUCGGACUGGUGCUCUUCGUGGCCAUCAAGCGGUGCAAGUACGACAGCAAUGCCGCCGCCCGCGACGCGGAGGCCCAGCGGCAGACGGAGCUGCUGGACAUGGACAAGAAGCAGCUGGGCAAGCCGCUGCACAAGAACGGUCAUGGCAACGGUCAGGAGCACUCGCCGCUGAUCGGCGAGAAGACCAAAUUGGACGAGGCGCAGAUCGUAAAGAAGGCGUACGGAGAGAACGCCGAGGCCAAGGACGGCGCUGGCCAGCAGCCGCUGCUCAAUGGCAACGGAUCGGCCAACGGCAAUGCCAAGGAGGCCACCGAAGGCGGCGAGCCUGCCGCCCACGAGUACUACCCCAUCAGUCCGCGCUACCCCACGCCCCAGUCACCGCGGGCCUCGAAGUACGCCCAACAGCAGCAGCAGCAGCCCGCCGAGCAGAACAACAACAACGAACCGGACGGCGCCUACCUGCCAUCGUCACCCAAGUCCGGGCGGUACUCGCCCGUCUACUCCCCGGAAACGGGUCGCGUCAAGAUCAAGCUGACGGAGACACCCAGACCCAAGACACCCAUGCUGGUGACGCGCAGCAAGUCCAAUGCCGGCGACAUCAUCACCACGCCCGUCAAGCCCAUCGAGCCACCCACCCACCAGGCGGUGACCAUCAACAUCAAUGGCCACUGAUGUGGGCCACCAGCCAUCCACUCUCGACACAGCCCGACUUUUCCGACUCGCCCCCAGAACGUUACCCCCCCCCCCCCUAAUUCAGUUCCAUUGGAUUUGGCCAUCUACGUUUGAACCGGAGA